AUGGUCUACACGAUUGUCGUCCACCUCCGGGCAAAGCCCGACCAGGAGAGCAUUUCUAAGCUCCACGCCAAACUCCUCGAAGCCUCCGCCGUCUACUCCAAGGACAAGGAAACCCUCUCUUGGUUCGUCAUGCAAUCGGUCCACGACCCGCAGGACUUCACCAUCGUCGAGCGCUACCUGAACGAGGGGUCCCAGAAGUACCACCUGUCCAACCCCUACUGGAAGACCUUCGACCCAUACGUGAUCCCGCUGUUGGAGAAGGAUAUGGAUCUGAGGAGAUUUGAGGAACUUGUUCCUGCCAGUGAGCAUUAG